AUGAGUGAGCAGGGGAGGGAGACGGAGGAGGAGGAGGGGGGAGGUGGUGCUUCCGACACAGCACCCAUGCUGCCCCGGGGACCUCUUGACCACCAGGCCUCAGCCCUGACGUGCCCAGGGUGGUCGGGGCCCCUGUUGCUGCCUGGCCGGCUGCUGGCCGGGCUCCUGCUGCACCUCCUGCUGCCCGCUGCAGCCUUCCUGCUGGUGCUACUGCCUGCGGCGGCCGUUGUCUACCUGGGAUUCCUGUGCCACUCGAGGGUCCACCCCGCUCCCGGUCCCCGGUGCCGCGCGCUGUUCUCGGAUCGCGGCUCCGCGGCGCUCAUCGUGUUCGGGCUUCUCUCGCUGCCGCCGCUGCUGGUGCUCGCCUCGGCCGUCCGCGCCCGCCUGGCCCGGCGCCUCCGCCCGCUGCUACCUCCGCCCGCUGGGACGCCCGGACCCCGCCGCCCCCCGGGGCGCCCCGACGGGGACGAGCAACUCUGCGCCUGGGUGUGA